GGCAGUCGGUACUCCCGCAAAAGAAUUAAAAGUAGCUUCCCUUAUGUACGCAUAUGUAUCAACGAUGUAAAACUUCGUAUCUGCUUUUUCGAAGAGAUCUUAUGUAAGAUACCAGACAAGAUGUCGGGGAACAACAAACGGGUGACGUUUGCGCCUACAGUUAUUUUGGCCUACACAGACAUCACUGCAGCAGCAAGUAGAGCUGUCUUUGGUUUGGAAGAAAAAGAUGUUGUUUAUGAAACAAUUGAUCUGCCUACACUAGAAGGUGCACCACCAGCUUGCAUUCAUGGGGCAGAGGCCAAACCUGAAAAUGCUCCAAUGGAUCCCAUACAAAUCAUCAACUGCAAAUUUGAUCAGAGCAAAAUGCCAAAGUUCACCUUUAUCAUCAUCAACACCUACAUGGUUGAUGAGAAGAGCCAUUUUGUUGCCAGACGGAUUGUGGAGCUGUGUGCAGACAGUGGUGUGCUUAACCUCGUGGUGCUGAGCAGUCAGAGACUUGACAUCAAAGGGCCAGUUCACAGGUUGUAUGAAAAUGUCUUCUGUGGAAUGACCCCAGUAACACAGAGACCUGCUUUACCAGGUGACAUCUUGAUCUCAGAUGCUUUUCUCAACAAUCUUAUUCAAAUUUGCAGCGUGGAAUGGCAGCCAUUUACCUGUCUGACAGCACCAGCUCACAGAAUAGGUCCUGGACAAGCCAACAAUGAAGAUGGAUCUCUUCAGCUGGUACAGCUCUUUCAGAGCACCAUUGCAGACUUCAGUGGCCUGCAAUUUUCUGACAAACUGAGCAGUUCUUUGAUGUACAAAGGUCCUCUUGAGGAUGUCGUUCCAGCAUCAUUGAUGUAUGCCUAAAUCUGAAUUGCACUAUAAUGAGGUUUCUCAGAUAAGUGCAGUAACAUGUAGCCAGUAAUAAGACAAAGCAAUCCAACGUCUUGUUUGGCAGGUAACUCACUAGUAUUGACAUUUACCUGUCCAAAACGUUUAGGAGUGGCCUUCAGCUGUUUUGUCUUAAUCUCCUUGUAUAUACUGUUAUUGAUGGUUGCCUUUCUGCACCAUAUAGACUUGUACUGGCUGUCCUGUAGUGUGUGGAACACAGCAGCUUAAUCCCAGUUUUUGUUGAAGAUAUAUUACUUUAUCAUUUUUUUUUAUUUAUUUAUUUUUUUUUUUGCAUUGUUGUUUACGAAGGUUUGAGAUUCAAAACAACCUGGUUUAUGGUGAAUCAGACUUUUGCAAAGCAAUCACUGUCUUGGAACAAAGCCUUCAGCUUUGUUGACAGGAAGGAUGAAUUAUUUAGUGCUGUAUAAGAUGCAUUUUGUCUUGAUACAGGAGCAGUAUCAAGUGAUGAAAACAAUGAAAUAAAUAUUGAUUUACAUACAAAUAUUAUUUGAAGCUGCAUGACUUAAGUGGAGUAGGGAGCAGAGUGGAGUUUGCUUGUUUUACUUUUGGAAACAUUGUGUACCUAAAUCUAAACAUUGUUUGAGUGCUUUGCUGGUUUUUAUUUCUUACGCCAAGUACAAGAGCUUACUGAUGAUACAUAUUCUUGAAAUACUAACAUGUAAACUAGACAUUUUAGAAGUAUCAAAAGCGUAAAUACAUUUUGCACACAAUACAGAUACAAUUGCAUUUAUGCUCACCAAAAGUUUUACACAAGCAUCUUUUUUAAUGUAUAAAUUAUUUCUAUGUCAAUUCUGUGACAAAUAUGACUGAAAACUUGUAAUAAUCUGGUGCUCUAUGAAACUAAAAUUAUGUUUAAAUAAGUUUUAGAAAAGGGGAAAAAUUAUUAUACACAUGUAUAAAUAUUCUCUGUCUUGCAUUUUCACCUCAGCAAAGUAUUUUUAGCUGUAAUGUAAACAUCUCCAGAUUACAAAAAUAAACACAUUUUAACUCACAAAA